CGGCCCUCCUUCCCGGGCCGCCGCCGCCAUGGCCGCGCCGCUGCUGGAGGAGAAGCUGACCUGCUCCAUCUGCCUGGAGUGCUACCGGGCCCCGGUGACGCUGCCCUGCGGCCACAGCUUCUGCGAGGCCUGCAUCCGGGACUGGGGGGGCCGCUGCGAGACGGCGUGCCCCGAGUGCCGCGAGCCCUUCCCGGCCGGCGCCGAGCUGCGCCGCAACGUGGUGCUCAGCUGCGUGCUGGAGGCGCUGCGCGCGGGGUCGCCCGACCGCCCCGGCCCCCGGCCCCCGCCCGACGGCCCCGGCCCGGAGCCCCGGUCCGCGCCCAACGCCCCCGGCCCGGAGCCCCCGCCCGACGGCGCCGACCCGGCUCCGCGCUGCCCCCGCCACGGGCGGCCGCUCGAGCUCUUCUGCCGCACCGAGGGCCGCUGCGUGUGCAGCGCGUGCACCGUGCGCGAGUGUCGCCACCACGAGCGGGCGCUGCUGGACGUCGAGCGCCGCGCGCGCGAGACCCAGCUGAGAGCCACCCUGGAGGUCAGCCGGCAGCAAGCCACCCUGGCAGAGAUCCAGCUGCAGGAGCUACAGCAGCGAAGCAGCCAGAUCCAGAGCUCAGCCUGCACCUUGGCCUCCGCGGUCUCCGGCAAAUUCAGCUGCCUGCUGCAGGCCCUGGAGGUGCUGCAGGCCUUGGCGCUGAGCAACAUCGAGGCAGCCGAGGCCCAGGCACUAGCUCAGGCCCGAGAUGAGGAACAGCGGCUACGGGGCCACCUGGAGGGCUUGGCUGACCACAGCUGCAGGAUUCAGGACCUCCUGGAACAGUUGGAUGACCGGACCUUCCUCCAGGAAUCACAGCUCCUGGUGCCCCCAGGGUCUCUUGGGCCACUGACCCUGCCGCAGUGGAAUGGAGACCAGCAGCUAGAGGGCCUGAAGGAGACACUGAGCCAGUUGUGUGGCCUUCUCCUGAAAGAGGAGGACCACCCUGGGGUGCCAGCUGAGGAUGCUGACUCGGACCCCAUGGAGGCCCCAGGCCCCCUGGCACCAGCCCCAAGUCCGGUGUGUCCAAGGAGGAGGCAACUCUGGCAGAAUUAUCGCAAUCUGACCUUCGACCCGGACAGCGCCAACCGCCACCUCUACGUGUCCCGCCAGAACCAGCAGGUAAAGCACCGUUGCAGGCCCCGGGCCCAGGCCAGCCCAGGCAGCUUUGACCUCUGGCAGGUGCAGUGCACCCAGGGCUUCCAGACUGGGCGGCACUACUGGGAGCUGCGCACGUCCAGCCACUCGGUGACGCUGGGCGUCGCCUACCCGGAGCUGACGCGGUGCCGGCUGGGGCCCCACACGGACAACAUUGGCCGGGGGCCCUGUUCCUGGGGGCUCUGCAUCCAAGAGGACGGCCUCCAGGCCUGGCACAACGGGGAGGCCCAGCGCCUCCCAGGGGUGUCUGGACGACUCCUGGGCAUGGACCUGGACAUGGUCUCAGGCCGCCUCACCUUCUAUAGCCUGGAGCCCCAGCUCCAGGCCCUGCAUACCUUCCAUGCCAUCUUCACUCAGCCCCUCUACCCUGUCUUCUGGCUCCUCGAGGGUAGGACCCUCACCCUGUGCCAUCAGCCCGGGGCCAAGUUUCUUCCUGGACCCCAAGAAGAGGCCUCAGUGCUCAGCUGAGGUGGCCCCCAUCCCCCCAGGAAGGCACGGGAUGGAGCUCUGGACUGGGAACAGGUACACAAUCCUUCCACUUGAUGCCAGUUAAUAACUUACCUCUCUGAGCCUCAGUUUUCUCAUCUGUGAAAUGAGGCUAAUGCAGAAUGGUACCUCAGAGGUUGCACCCAGGAUUAAAUCUGGAAUGACAUGCGGUGCUCAGUCUGCCACAUACCUGGCAGAUGUGGGUGCCCAAGAGCUGCCCAGGCCCCUGGGGGGCCUCAAUUAUAAGAGCUGCUCGUCAGGAAGGCUGGCUCGAAGCCAGGCUGGGCCACUUCGGGAGGACUAGAGUUGAGUAUAAACCCCAAGUUCACUUUUCUAACCUCUUUGAAGCAGACAGGGGCUUGGAAGGGAAUCAAAUGGGAAGCCCCUGCCACAAGCAGAGCCAUUCCAGGGACUGUCUGGGCUUCAGAGGCCGGAGCUGAGCCUGUGUGCACCCAGGCACACCCAGGCUGCCAAGAGUGUGGGCACAACCUUUGGGCACACACCCGGAGCAUCCAGACAGAAUGCCUGUACAGACUCCUCGUUUACCUCCCACCAAGAUGACACAGACACAUAGUAUGUGGGGAGGUGAACCAAGAAAGAUUCCUGGAGAAAACAGAUCUUUGUACUUUCUUCCAGGCCUCCCCCUUUCUUGUUUUAAACAUUUUGAUAUAUUUUUGUCCUGUCUUUAUUUUUUCUUUUAUUUAUACAUCCUUGUGAUUUUAACCUAUAAUUUUGUUUUCUGCAUUUUUUACUUAGCUUAACAUAAGCAUUUUUCACAUUAGUAAACUUUUUCCCUGAAUGAUUCCUUUAUGUUCUAAAUAGGCUUUCUAGUGACUUGACUGUCACAACUUAUUUACCCACUGUUGGAUGUUCAGAUUUUUCUUAUUUGGAGCAGUAAAGAUGUGGCUGUGACAGAUACUUCUGAGCAGGAAAUGUUGUACAUGUCGAUGGCUUGUGCUUAGGCUGAAUUGCCCAAAGUGGGAUGCCUCUGAGAUUCCGAGGGGUAAGGGUUUCCAGCCUAGAAUUUCAUACCCAGCCAAACUGCCAAUCAGGGAUGAAGCCUGACUGAAGUCACUUCCAGACACUUCAGCAUCUACCCCGGGGAAGCUCCCAGAGGAAGUACUUUAAAAAAUAAAAAAUGGUGCUGUAAACCACUGACGGGAAAGAAAGGCCUGGGAACCAAGAAACAGGAUAUUCAAUACAAAAGGGAAGUGAUAAAAUAUCUCAAGUCUCCAGAAAUAUGAGUGCAAACAUCCAGGAGAUGUUCAAGGAUUUCAGGCAUGUGGUUUAGAGAUGUAAAGGUAAAUACUGAAAAAACAAAGAGCUAAAAGAGUUGAGACCAGUUAGCUGCAGGGAACAAGAUUCUGGCAUAGGUUGGGUCACAGAGCUAUUUUUUUGUUAUGUUUCCCUAAAUUGUUUAUUUUUAAGAUAAUCUAAAUUGAUUAUUUUGAUAUAAAUAAGAAUCAAAUUGUAAAAAAUAAACCAAAAACUUGAAGAAUAAGAA